AUGAUUUGUGGAUCUUGGCAAGUGAAUGCAGUUGUGGCAAUUUUGUUCGUUGGAACAAGUCUGGCUCUGGUGGAACGUUGUGAUAAAAGCAACUAUUGCGAUCGAGACUAUGAUAGGGGUUGGAGAGUAGAGAGAAAAUCUUUGGUUGAAAGAAAUCCCAACCAUACUACCAAACUUAAAAGUAAUCGCUUGGUUGAAAUCUGGGAAAAUAAUUGGCGACUUACUGGAAGAGAAGACGUUACAAAGGAUCGUUUAUUACGGGCAGAAUGGCAUUCAGAAAGGAGAAUGUCUUCUGAUUCCCGGAUAAAUGUUGACGGAACUGAUUCUAAACUUUUGGAUAAUUCUAAAAACUCUAUUAGACGUGAAACCCAGGAUGAACGACAAGUCGGGCGUGAACGAGCUGAAAGAGAUGAAUCGAGGCAAACCAAUGCUAGGCAAAAUCGAGAAGAUCGACUAAAUGAACGUGCAUUGAACCGGGAACGAGUUGAACGAGAAGUUUCAAGGCAAAUCAUUUCACGUGAAAACCGAGAAGAUCGACGAGAUGAACGUGCAAUAAAUCGAGAACGAGUUGACCGAGAAGAAUCAAGAAAAACCAUUUCACGUGAAAACGAAGAAGAUCGACGAGGUGAACGUGCAUUGAACCGCGAACGAGUUGACCGAGAAGAAUCAAGACAAACCAUUUCACGAGUAAACCAGGGAGACCGACGAGAUGAACGUUCAUUGAACAUGGAACGAGCUGACCCAGAUGAAUCUAGACAAACCAAUGCUCGGGAAAAUCGAGAAGAUCGACGAGAUGAACGUGCAUUGAACCGAGAGCGGGUUGACCGAGAAGAAUCAAGACAAACUAUUUCACGAGUAAACCGAGAUGUCCGACGAGAUGAACGUGUAUUGAACCGAGAACGGGCUGACCGAGAAGAAUCGAGGGAAACCAUUUCACGAGAAAAUCGAGAAGACCGACGAGAUGAGCGUGCAUUGAACCGCGAACGAGUUGACCGAGAAUCUAGGCAAACCAUUUCAAGAGAAAACCAGGAAGACCGACGAGAUGAACGUUCAUUGAACAUGGAACGAGCUGACCCAGAAGAAUCUAGACAAACCAAUGCUCGGGAAAAUCGAGAAGAACCACGAGAUGAACGUGCAUUGAACCGAGAGCGGGUUGACCGAGAAGAAUCAAGACAAACCAUUUCAAGAGAAAACCGAGAAGACCGACGAGAUGAACGUGCAAUAAAUCGAGAACGAGUUGUCCGAGAAGAUCGACGAGAUGAACGUGCAUUGAACCGGGAACCAGUUGAACAAGAAGUUUCAAGACAAAUCGUUUCUCAAGGAAACCGAGAAGACCAACGAGAUAAACGUGCAUUGAACCGGGAACGGGCUGACAGGGAAGAAUCGAGGAAAACCAUUUCACGUGAAAACCAAGAAGAUCGACGAGAUGAACGUGCAUUGAACCGAGAACGGGCUGACAAGGAAGAAUCGAGGAAAACCAUUUCACGAGAAAACCGAGAAGACCGACGAGAUGAACGUGCAAUAAAUCGAGAACGAGUUGACCCAGAAGUUUCAAGACAAACCAUUUCACGAGUAAACCAGGAAGACCGACAAGAUGAACGUGUAUUGAACCGGGAACGUGCUGACCGAGAAGAAUCAAGACAAACCAUUUCACGAGAAAACCAAGAAGACCGACGAGAUGAACGUGCGUUAAACCGAGAAGGAUUUGACCGAGAAGAAUCAAGUCAAACCAUUUCACGAGUAAACCGAGAUGACCGACGAGAUGAACGUGUAUUGAACGGGGAACGGGCUGACAGGGAAGAAUCGAGGAAAACCAUUUCACGUGAAAACCGAGAAGACCGACGAGAUGAGCGUGCAUUGAACCGCGAACGAGUUGACCGAGAAUCUAGGCAAACCAUUUCACGAGAAAACCGAGAAGACCGACGAGAUGAACGUGCAAUAAAUCGAGAACGAGUUGAUCGAGAAGAAUCGAGGAAAACCAUUUCACGUGAAAACCAAGAAGAUCGACGAGUUCAACGUGCAUUGAACCGCGAACGAGUUGACCGAGAAGAAUCAAGACGAACCAUUUCACGAGAAAACCAGGAAAACCGACGAGAUGAACGUGCUUUGAACCGAGAGUGGGUUGACAGAGAAGUAUUGAGGGAAACUAUUUCACAAAAAGACCGACAAGAUGAACGUGCAAUAAACCGAGAACGAGUUGACCAAGAAGAUCGACGAGAUGAACGUGCAUUGAACCGAGAGCGGGUUGACCAAGAAGAAUCAAGACUAACAAUUUCACGAGAAGGCCGACGAGAUGAACGUGCAUUGAACCGAGAACGAGCUGACCGAGAAGAAUCAAGACAAACCAUUUCACGAGUUAACCGAUAUGACCGACGAGAUGAACGUGUAUUGAACCGAGAACGGGCUGACCGAGAAGAAUCGAGGGUAACCAUUUCACGAGAAAACCAAGAAGACCGACGAGAUGAACGUGCUUUGAACCGAAAGCGGGUUGACCGAGAAGUAUUGAGGGAAACCAUUUCACGAGAAGAUCGACAAGAUGAACAUGCAAUAAACCGAGAACGAGUUGACCGAGAAGAUCGACGAGAUGAACGUUCAUUGAACCGCGAACGAGUUGACCGAGAAGAAUCAAGAAAAACCAUUUCACGAGAAAACCAAGAAGACCGACGAGAUGAACGUGCAUUGAACCGCGAACGAGUUGACCGAGAAGAAUCAAGACAAACCAUUUCACGAGUAAACCAGGAAGACCGACGAGAUGAACGUUCAUUGAACAUGGAACGAGCUGACCCAGAUGAAUCUAGACAAACCAAUGCUCGGGAAAAUCGAGAAGAUCGACGAGAUGAACGUGCAUUGAACCGAGAGCGGGUUGACCGAGAAGAAUCAAGACAAACUAUUUCACGAGUAAACCGAGAUGUCCGACGAGAUGAACGUGUAUUGAACCGAGAACGGGCUGACCGAGAAGAAUCGAGGGAAACCAUUUCACGAGAAAAUCGAGAAGACCGACGAGAUGAGCGUGCAUUGAACCGCGAACGAGUUGACCGAGAAUCUAGGCAAACCAUUUCAAGAGAAAACCAGGAAGACCGACGAGAUGAACGUUCAUUGAACAUGGAACGAGCUGACCCAGAAGAAUCUAGACAAACCAAUGCUCGGGAAAAUCGAGAAGAACCACGAGAUGAACGUGCAUUGAACCGAGAGCGGGUUGACCGAGAAGAAUCAAGACAAACCAUUUCAAGAGAAAACCGAGAAGACCGACGAGAUGAACGUGCAAUAAAUCGAGAACGAGUUGUCCGAGAAGAUCGACGAGAUGAACGUGCAUUGAACCGGGAACCAGUUGAACAAGAAGUUUCAAGACAAAUCGUUUCUCAAGGAAACCGAGAAGACCAACGAGAUAAACGUGCAUUGAACCGGGAACGGGCUGACAGGGAAGAAUCGAGGAAAACCAUUUCACGUGAAAACCAAGAAGAUCGACGAGAUGAACGUGCAUUGAACCGAGAACGGGCUGACAAGGAAGAAUCGAGGAAAACCAUUUCACGAGAAAACCGAGAAGACCGACGAGAUGAACGUGCAAUAAAUCGAGAACGAGUUGACCCAGAAGUUUCAAGACAAACCAUUUCACGAGUAAACCAGGAAGACCGACAAGAUGAACGUGUAUUGAACCGGGAACGUGCUGACCGAGAAGAAUCAAGACAAACCAUUUCACGAGAAAACCAAGAAGACCGACGAGAUGAACGUGCGUUAAACCGAGAAGGAGUUGACCGAGAAGAAUCAAGUCAAACCAUUUCACGAGUAAACCGAGAUGACCGACGAGAUGAACGUGUAUUGAACGGGGAACGGGCUGACAGGGAAGAAUCGAGGAAAACCAUUUCACGUGAAAACCGAGAAGACCGACGAGAUGAGCGUGCAUUGAACCGCGAACGAGUUGACCGAGAAUCUAGGCAAACCAUUUCACGAGAAAACCGAGAAGACCGACGAGAUGAACGUGCAAUAAAUCGAGAACGAGUUGAUCGAGAAGAAUCGAGGAAAACCAUUUCACGUGAAAACCAAGAAGAUCGACGAGUUCAACGUGCAUUGAACCGCGAACGAGUUGACCGAGAAGAAUCAAGACGAACCAUUUCACGAGAAAACCAGGAAAACCGACGAGAUGAACGUGCUUUGAACCGAGAGUGGGUUGACCGAGAAGUAUUGAGGGAAACUAUUUCACAAAAAGACCGACAAGAUGAACGUGCAAUAAACCGAGAACGAGUUGACCAAGAAGAUCGACGAGAUGAACGUGCAUUGAACCGAGAGCGGGUUGACCAAGAAGAAUCAAGACUAACAAUUUCACGAGAAGGCCGACGAGAUGAACGUGCAUUGAACCGAGAACGAGCUGACCGAGAAGAAUCAAGACAAACCAUUUCACGAGUUAACCGAUAUGACCGACGAGAUGAACGUGUAUUGAACCGAGAACGGGCUGACCGAGAAGAAUCGAGGGUAACCAUUUCACGAGAAAACCAAGAAGACCGACGAGAUGAACGUGCUUUGAACCGAAAGCGGGUUGACCGAGAAGUAUUGAGGGAAACCAUUUCACGAGAAGAUCGACAAGAUGAACAUGCAAUAAACCGAGAACGAGUUGACCGAGAAGAUCGACGAGAUGAACGUUCAUUGAACCGCGAACGAGUUGACCGAGAAGAAUCAAGAAAAACCAUUUCACGAGAAAACCAAGAAGACCGACGAGAUGAACGUGCAUUGAACCGCGAACGAGUUGACCGAGAAGAAUCAAGACAAACCAUUUCACGAGUUAACCGAGAUGACCGACGAGAUGAACGUGUAUUGAACCGAGAACGAGCUGACCGAGAAGAAUCAAGACAAACCAUUUCACGAGAAAACCAAGAAGACCGACGAGAUGAACGUGCAUUGAACCGCGAACGAGUUGACCGAGAAGAAUCAAGACGAACCAUUUCACGAGAAGACCGACGAGAUGAACGUGAAUUGAACCGAGAACGAGCUGACCGAGAAGAAUCAAGACAAACCAUUUCACGAGUUAACCGAGAUGACCGACGAGAUGAACGUGUAUUGAACCGAGAACGGGCUGACCGAGAAGAAUCGAGGGUAACCAUUUCACGAGAAAACCAAGAAGACCGACGAGAUGAACGUGCUUUGAACCGAGAGCGGGUUGACCGAGAAGAAUCGAGGGAAACCAUUUCACGUGAAAACCAAGAAGACCGACGAGAUGAACGUGCUUUGAACCGAGAGCGGGUUGACCGAGAAGUAUCGAGGGAAACCAUUUCACGAGAAGAUCGACAAGAUGAACGUGCAAUAAACCGAGAACGAGUUGACCGAGAAGACCGACGAGAUGAACGUGCAUUGAACCGGGAACGAGCUGACCGAGAAGAAUCAAGACUAACAAUUUCACGAGAAGACCAACGAGAUGAACAUGCAUUGAACCGGGAACGAGUUGACCGAGAAGUUUCAAGACAAACCAUUUCACGAGAAGACCGACGAGAAAGAACCGACCAGGAAAUAUCCAGGCAAACAAUUUUACGUGAGAGCCGAGACGACCAACAGCGUGUUGAGAAAAUAAAAGAAAUUCCUGUGACUUUUGCCCAAAAUGCCAAAUCAAUUCUUGUUACUUUAAUUCAGUGUGGACUUCUGGCUCUUGUCGCUGUUAAAACUUUAAAUUUGGAGAACGCAAAAAUUGGAAAUAGAUUUUUCUUCAGACCAAGUGAAUUGGCUGGGACCAUUGUGUCUUAAAAUGUGAUUUAAGUGAAUAGUAAUACUUCAACCAAGUACCUAUACCUACAUAAUUAUUCUAUUAUACAAAAGUAUUUCACUAAAAAAAAUAUAUUGUUAAAAACAAAAUAUGUUGAUUGUAUAUUAAAGUCUUUAUAAUCAUUAUUAUCAAAUAUUUAAUGUUCGAAAUAAAUAAAAAGGCUAAGGCU